GCAAACAACCCUCUGUCCACACCCUGCAGUCUGGUGAAGUUCCUCUGCAUUCCUACCAUACAUACAUACACACACACACACACCCACACACACACACACACAGACACACACACACACACCCGCGCACACACACGGCUAUGAUGACUCUGCUGGCUGAGAGGGUGGGUGUUGUUGACCUGUAGGACUGCAGAGAACCUCUUCAUUCAGGACCUGCCAGGGUCAUCAUGAGUAAAGCACAACGUGAUGACCAGCAGCCUGAUGAAAAACCUGCAAGUACUCUAUCUGCUGGACUAGGAUGGACUAAGGUCAGCUGCCCGUGUUGUCUGUCCGAGGCGGUAGAGCCGUUGGUUCUGGUGAAACUUGGGGAGAAAGUCCGUCCGGAGACCAAAAGGUGGAUCAUCAGACUGAUUGGAGCGCCCCAGAAAGAAGGAGGGGCAGCAUUACUGGCCCACCCUGGUGAAGAUGCCAGCGGUGACAUCAUCAUGGUGUCGGCCCCACGCUGCACAUUGCAGCGAGCCGCCGAGGAGUUGGGUUUGUGCAAGACGUACUGCACCGGAGAAAUGGAGAACUUCUCGUACGAAGACAGAGACAACUUUCGACACUCAGACAACAUGGAGUCCUUCCUGACGCUGGCUGAGAGACAGUACAUAGUGAAGUAUGAGCUGGAGGGUCUGCAUGCACAGAGAGACGUGAGGAUUCCUGGUCUGGCUGACAAGUUCACCCUACAUCACAGGGACAACAUCUGGCGCAAGUUAAACUCGGCCGGCGUGGUUGUGGACACUUUCCCUCUUCACGAGCAGCAACAACUGAAAGAGCUCAGUGAGACUUGGUACUCUGGCAACCAGCUGUCUCAACCGCUGGAUUCAGUCAAUGCAUAUUUUGGAAGCUCAGUGGGUUUUUACUUCAGCUUCCUUGAUUUCUACACCUGGUCUCUGCUGCCACCUGCGAUUGUGGGCCUGUCAAUCACAUACUUCUCCAGUGACGUUCAGAAGGAGGUGGUGGAGUCAGUAUCUGGCUCGCAGGUGGAGAACCACAAAGAGGACACAGGACUCCCCAUCAGUGGUCACAUGGUCCAGGCAGUGUUCAGCAUGCUGUGGUCCACCGUGGUCAUGGAGCUGUGGAAGCGUCGCAGCUUCUCCCUGUCCUACCGCUGGGGGACACUUCACCUGGCUGAGCGCUUUGCGGAGCCACGACCUGGUUUUCAUGGUCACCUGGGGGUCAACCCUGUCACGGGUCGUGUGGAGCCUCUGUUUCCCGAAUGGCAGAAAGAUCUCCGGAUGGCACUGGUCUCAGUCCCUGUGGUCGGAAUAUUUCUGGGUCUGGUGGUCCUCGGCAUGCUGUGCUUCUACUGGGCUGAAGACCAGGUGCAGCAGCUCCACCUGGGCUGGGACUCGCUGGUGUCCCAGACCUUGCUUUAUGUGCCCUCUGUGCUCCACAUCCUUUACACAAAUGUGCUGGCCACGUUUUACAAAACAGUAGCGGCAUCUCUGACUGAAUUUGAGAACCACAGAGAAGAGUCUGCCUUCCAGAACCAUCUAACAGCCAAAGUCUUGGUGUUCACGUUCUUCAACUACUUUGCAGUUCUCUUCCACAUUGCAUUUGUCAAGCAAGAUGUUCCUUUGCUCCGCAAGCGUCUGGCCUCGUUGCUGAUCGUGACCCAGCUGGUGAACCAGCUGACAGAGGUGGUAGUACCAUUCCUGGUGGACCGCUUUGUUAGCGCCCCCCAUAGGAGGGAGAGUGAGGAUGACCCGCAGGAGGACAAAUUUAGAAACCAAAUCAUGCUGCCAGUUUUCCCUGGUUUAUUUGCAGAAUACAUUGAGCUGCUGGUGCAAUUUGGCUAUUUGAGUCUGUUCUCUUGCGUCUACCCUCUGACGGCCGUGCUGCUGCUCAUCAACAACGUGACAGAGAUCCGCACCGACGCCUACAAGAUCUGCAAACUCUUCCGCAAGCCUUUCUCCGCCCCCGCCGCCAACAUGGGUAUGUGGCAGAUCGCCUUUGAGAUCCUGAGUUUCAUGGCGGUGGUGUCAAACUGCUGGCUGCUGACGCUCUCGCCACUGUCACUAAAGAUGCAAGAGGAGGGCGAGAUGAGCAGCACCGACAUCGUGCUGAUGGCCGUGCUGGCUGAGCACCUUCUCAUCCUCAUCAAGCUGAUGAUGGCAGCCGUCAUCCCGGACGAGCCAGAAUGGAUCAGAACAAAGAGAGCCCACAUGGAGUACACUUCCAUGCAGGCUCUCAGGCAGCAGAGCAUAUCUACUGACGAGACCUGACUGUGUUUCAAAAGCCCAGGCUGUGGAUCAACGUGAUGCAAGAAGAACAAUAAUUGAGCUCGAACACCACAAAGCUCUAGUUUGCUUUUAAAGGUGACAUUUUUCAUCUUUGGAAAAAUGAAAUAGGUUGGCUGGCAGCAGAUCCUAGGUCAAGGGUCGGCUCAGUUUAUUUCAAAUAAGAUGUAUACAUUUAUUUAAGCCUACGCAAUACACAAGUGUGAGUAUAUAGUGUGAGUAUAUAGUGUGUACAAUGCAUCCGGCGGUUUACUUUUUUCAUGUUUUUUAUGUUACACAGCCUCAUUCUAUAAAUUGAAUAAUAAAAUUUUUGUCCUCAAAAUUCUCCACACAAUACCUCAUAAUGGCAAUGUGAAAGGGUUAUUAUUUAAGAAUUUUUUGCACAUUUAUUACCAAUGAAAAAGUACAAGUAUUUACAGCCUUUGCCAUGAAGCUCAAAACAUCAUUAAGAGGUUCCUACAGCUUAAUUUGAGGUCAUCUGUGGUGAAUUCUGUUGUUUGGACAUGGUGUGGAAAGGCACACGUGUCUAUAUAUAGGGUCCCACACUUGACAGUUCAAGGCAGAGCACAAACCGAGAAUGAAGUCGAAGGAAUUGUCUAUAGACCUCGGAGGCACGAAUCUGGGGAAGGGUACAGAAAAAUAUCUGCUGUCUUGAAGGUCCUAAUGAGCACAGUGGUCUCCAUCAUCCGUUAAUGGGAGAAGUUUGGAACCACCAGGACUCUUCCAAGAGCUGGCUGACCGUCUAAACCGAGGGACCAGAGGAGGUGACCAAGAACCCGAUGGUCAUGCUGUCAGAGCUAUAUCAUUCCUCUCUGGAGAGAGGAGAACCUUCCAGAAGGACCACCAUCUCUGCAGCAAUCCACCAAUCUAUAUGUUUAGGGUGGCCAAACAGAAACCAUUUCUUUGUAAAAAGUUUGCCAAACUACACCUGAAAGACUCUCAGAGCAAGAGAAACCAAAUUCUCUGGUCUGAUGAGACAAAGAUUGAACUCUUUGGCAUCACCAGAUCAAUACCAUCCAUACUUGCCAACCCUCCCGGAACUUCCGGGAGACUCCCGAAAUUCAGCGCCUCUCCCGAAAACCUCCCGGAAGAAAUUUUCUCCCGGAAAUCUCCCGAAAUUCACGCCCCCUCCAGCUCCAUGCGGACAUGAGUGGGGACAGCCUGUUUUCACGUCUGCUUUCCUGUUAUAUAAACAGCUUGCCUGCCCAAUCACGUUACAACAUCUACAGAUUUUCAAUAAAAAGCUGCACACACAUGGAGAUGAAGCAGAAGAACGAGGAAGUUACAGCCAUGGCGACGCCGUCUGUAAUAGAGUGAUUCUAUGUUGUCUGUUGCCAUCUCCUGAGGUUGCUUUGUGAUUGGCCAAUGAUUUACGUGGUGUUGUGCACCUGACGGCAAGUGACUCUCGCCAGUACGCAAAUGGCAGAACAAAGGCUACUCAAAUAGCGAAAGGUAAGUGUUAUUGUUUUGUUUUUUUAAUAACCAGCAAGCACAGUACAGUUAGUAGAACAACUGUGUUUUUAUUACUGUGUAUUUGAUAGGUGCUGUCUGAAAUUCAACUAUUUAUUUUAUUUAUAUAUAUAAUAACAUAAAUAUAUAUAUAUAGCUAGAAUUCAUUGAAGGUCAAGAAUGUCAUAUAUAUAUAUAUAUUUAUGUAUGAAAUUUAUAUGAAAUACUCGAGUUGGUCAAUUAUACUCGUCCCCUCUCAACCAUGCUCCCAACCAUGCCUCUUCCCCCCACCCGACCACGCACCCCACCUCCCGAAAUAGGAGGUCUCAAGGUUGGCAAGUAUGAUACCAUCCCUACAGUUAAGCAUGAUGGUGGCAGCAUCAUGCAGUGGGAAUGGUUUUCAGGAAUGGGGGACUAGUCAGGAUAGAAGGAAAAAUGACUGCAGCAAUGUACAGAGACAUCCUGGAUGAAAACCUGCUCUUGAACUAGGACUGGGUUGACGGUUCAUCUUUCAGCAGGACAACAACCUAAGCACACAGCCAAGAUAACAAAGGAAUAGCUUCAGGACAAGUCUGUAGAUGUCCUUGAAUGACCCAGCCAAAGCCCAGACUUGAAUCCCAUUGAACAUCUGCUGAAUGAUCUGAAAAUGGCCCAACCUGAUGGAGCUUGAGAGGUGCUGAACAGAAGAAAAAUAAUCAAAGAUAAGUGCGCUGUCAUGAUCCGUGGCCCGGAUCAUGUUUUGCUUAGUCAUGUUCUGUUAGUUUUGGACUCCCUUAGUCGCUGCUUUGUGCACCUCUGGGUUUGUUUUGGUUACCAUGGGUACUGGUUAGGUUCACCUGCUACCGAGCAUUAAUCAGAGAGCUACUGAUUCACCUUUCUCGCCAUGCUCAGUCCGGCUUCGUUGUUUGCUGUAUGCAACAGUUACUUUGGUAUUCUUGUUUUCCAGCUAAUGAUCACCGUGCUUAGCUUCUUGUGCGAUCGGCACACAUUCCUUUUGUUUGUUUGCUGUCUUUUUGUGAUGUGUAGGAUUUUUGACAAAUACCUUCACGCUUUCAUCCGGAGUUGUCCGUCUGCAUCUUGGAAGAACGACCCCCACGUGACAUGUGCUAAGCUUGUGGCAUCACGUUCAAAAGGGCUUGAGGCUGUGAUUGCUGCCUAAGGGGCAUCAACAAAGUAUUGUGCGAAGGCUGUGAAUACUUAUGUACAAGUUUUUUUUUAAAUACAUUUGAAAAAUGUAUUUAAAAAAACAAACAUAAAAAAUACAUAUAUAUUUUCACAUGGUCACUGUUGGGUAUUGUGUGUAGAAUUUUGAGGACCAAAAAAUUAUUUUGGGAAUUCUGGAAUAAGGUUGUGACAUCAAAAUGUGGAAAAAGGGAAGCGCUGUAAAAACGUUCCGCAUGCACUGUAUUCUGUAUACUAAUAAAGAAAUGACAUAAUAGGAAAGCCAAACUGUAACACUAUAACAUUCUUGUCUGCGAAAGCUAAAACAUUUUGUGGCUUCUGCAACAACGCUAUGAGCAAACUGAAUGCAUGUUUUGCAUCUUACUGUCUGCUGUACAGCACAGUAGAGGCCUUUUCAAAAGACAUUCUGCUCAAAACAUUGUAUUGCUCAGUGGGAUCAACGCGUUUAUCAAACUGAACAGUAAGUGAAUGUUAUAUUUGAUGGUUUGUUGGUAGCGUUGUUAAAAACAUGCACCCAAAGAGAAAGAUUUGCAUUGAGCGCAAUGAGAAAAACAAAUCACUUGUGCUUUGCUGUGUGUUGUGUUUUUCUUACUGUAUUGUGCCUCGAGUGACUGCUUGACUGUGCAGUGUUAGCCACUAAUCAUCCACCUUCAUGUAAGUGCUGGCAGAUAAACAAACCAUCAUGCAUACAGCAUAUAACAAUGUGUAUUUACAAUAAAGGCCAGCAGGAGGCACUGUUUACACGCUGCAUGUGAUGUACAUUCAAUGAAGAUGUAAAGAGAACUUUACUGCUUGUAUCACAAUAAAGUCACAACAACCAUA